GAGACUUCCGAGGAAGAAAAUCUUACCCAGAAUGGAUAUGGAUUACCAGAAGUGGGAACCACUUCUUGUAUUUAUAGCCAUUGGCUAAUCUUGUCUUUUUUCCAUCGAUCGGUUUUCCAUCCUAGAUGAAGCAAAGCGCCAUGGGAUAUUCCUCUUCUUCGCUAUCAUUCUUUGGAUUUUACGCUUUCUUUUUUCUCUCUCUCGUACUUCUUCAAUCUCCGCCCGCCGCGAGCGCUCGCGUUAUCCGUCUCCCGUCAAAGCCCGAUCCAAAGGACGCUGUCGGCACUGCUCGCUGGCUCGCGGGGCAGAAUUUCUGGGGCGUCCUCAGCACAAUUUCGAGCGAUCAAGAAGGAGCUCCAUUUGGAAAUGUUGUUUCAUUUAGUGAUGGAUUACCGGGUAAUGGGAGUGGUAUUCCAUAUUUUUAUUUAACAGAAUUAGACCCUACGGCAAGAGAUGCUUUGAAGGAUGCAAGAUCAUCUCUUACUUUAAGUGAGUAUCCGCUUGGAACUUGUGGCAAGAGAGAUCCUGAAAACCCAGCAUGCGCUAAGCUUACUCUAACCGGAAAGCUAAAAUUGGUCGAUACUUCAUCUGCCGAAACUGAGUUUGCUAAGAAUGCUCUGUUCGCUAAGCAUCCUGAAAUGCAAGACUGGCCAAGUGGUCACGACUUCAAAAUUUUCAGAUUAGACAUUGAGAAUAUAUUCCUGAUUGACUGGUUUGGUGGCCCCAAGCCUAUAACUCCAGCACAAUACCUCGAAAAUGGAAAGAACGAAAAAUACUUCCCUCUUAAUUUGCUGACAUAAAAUUUCUCAUAUCCGUUGCCAACGGUCUUAAAGAUCACUUGGUCUAAGUUAUGUACAGUAUGUUUAUGCCUGUAUCUAUUGCUGUAAUCAUAUUUACAAUUGUCGAAUGUAAUUUAUUCUGUGAAAAUUUAAUGAAUAAGUGCUGACUAAGUUGGAAAAUUGCCAUUUCUGUAUCAAUAAGGUGCUCCUUUUACAUUAAAAGAACAAUAUUCUUCAUGCAAUUGUCUUUCCAAACUUCAA